UUAAGCGCCAACGUCGAGAGCAUCGCGUGGUCACUUGGUUAGCAGCAGGUGUUACGGGCAGUGGUGAAGCAACGACAGUGGGCAUCGAUAUGUUACCUUCGAAUAUUUCGAUUAUCGUAAAGAGAUAUAAAAACUAAAAUAAACCCCAUUUUUUGGGGUGACCCUUUUUGGGUUGCAUUCUGAAUCCAAACGUUUAACCCCGUCCACCCGCUGGCCAAUAUAUCGACGGCAUUUUAUCAGUGUUGUAGGAUUAAUCAUUCGUCAUUUGUCGAUAACGUCAUUGCGCGCGGCCAAUAUCGUUAGCUGCGGAUCUUUUUUCGGUUCGUAGUUAGCGGGCAGGCGGGCUUGUGGUGCAAAUAGAUAACGGUGCGCCAUUUACCGUUCUCGGGCCUGUGAUUUGCCGGAAAGCAGAUAGUUCAUCCAUCGAUUUGUGGCACACACCGUGCCAGUCAGUUGGCGGCAACCGUUUCUUACGAUACUGUAACGUGCUCCGGCCGUUCGUGCUCCAGGAUGGUUGUAGGAAAACUCAUAGCAGCUGCAUUGCUGAUUGCAGCAACUAUCGAAUCCUCUAGUAUCACCAGUAGCAAUGUAUUAGUUAAUAGUAGACUCGAAAUCAGUGUCGAGUCUCUGUUAUCGGAAAUCUGUGGUGUGAAUUCGUCAUUGCUUAGCAUUUCGCUAAAAUCGCUAAACAGUGAGGUCAGCGAUCGGACAGUCGAGCAUCUGUGUGGUGAGCAGAAAACGUCCUCGGUUUUGCUAUGGAUUCCGACCGGAAAUUUCGGUGACCUUGCUGAAAGUGGAUCGUCCAAGCGUUACCUGGGUAAGAGCAUUGGCGAUGAAGAGUUUGCCGAAUAUUGUAGCUAUGAUGUAACGACAAACAAGUGUGCCACGGUUAAUGGCGGUGUGGACGGAGUGGUGUUACUGCUGGCAGAGAAAUACCCCGAACGGUACGAGUUGCGCGAUUUAGUAUUUAAAAAGUGGACCAACACUACUCGACUCGGAUCGCCCCUGCUAGCAUACGCUACACUGAAAAACCGCGACCCCGCUUAUCGAUACGUGGAUCAGGAUAUUUCUUAUCUAGCCGAUACGAGGGUCGAGUACAUCCUUCCGGACACUGUGGCGCACGGUGUGUCGCUGUCAGUUUAUCGAGGAAAAACGGAGACGAACAAAUUGAUCACUGGUGAAACCUAUUACAGUCGCAAUUUCAAGACCAUAAAUGCUAUCCGGUACAUGAGUCCAUACAGUACAAUAAAUAUAACGGUCAUUGGAUCCGAGGGACGUGAUUAUCGCGAGUUCCGCGCCAAGCUGAUUACAGUUUACACCGAUGAAGAGGGUUACGGUUGGUCCAAGUUACUUGCGGCGAUAGAAGGAGCGAUGAUUGAAACGAAGCUCACUGAAACGCACGUGGAGUAUGCUCAGCCGGUAAAUCUGUACGACACUCAGCCACCAGAAGCGGGGAACAAGGUGGCCACCAACAGUGAGCCUCAACCAAUCAAGGCGAAAUCGGAAAACAUUCACAUACACAUCAAUGAAUUUGACUUGGGGCAAGUGUAUCCCGGAUUUCGUAGCUUCGCUAUCGGCGCCGCAAUUCUGGUUUUUUCCGUACUAGGUAUAGCACUCAUCGAUAUCAUACGGCGUACCUUGGCAAAUCAUCGCGCGAAACGGUUGCGUAUAGGAAAGUACAGUCGAACGUAGCAUAAUUACAGUUCGUCAAUUAUUGAAGACACACCCUGCCCGGUCUAUUUAAAAUUGUAGUGCGUUUCGCAUUUUAUUAGCAUAUUCACAAGUAUUAGUGUAUAGUUAAAUUGUUCGUUUCAAGAGACACAGUGUGUAUUUAAAAUGAAAUAAAA